AUGUUCAGACGGUGUGGGGGUAGUUUGCGCCAUCCGUAUGCAAUUGAUCUGAAGAAGGUGGAGGCUGCGAGGCGUCAUGAUGCAGCGCAGGCGCAGGUAUCGUACAAGUACGCGUUCAAGAUGUGUGCGCGGCGCGCCUGGGAGAAGGCCCGACGUGGUUACGAUUUCUUCUUCCCUGAGGGUGGGAAGGGUGGCCCUGCGAGGUGA